AUGUUUUCUCACUUCAGGAACCUCUCACACGAGAAGCUAGUGCAGCUAUUUGGAGUCUGCACGAAGGAGAGGCCAAUACUGAUCAUCACCGAGUACCUCUCCAAAGUUUGCCUCUUGAAUUACCUGCGGGACACUCGGCGGUCCCUCCAGGGCACGGAGCUUCUAGAGAUGUGUAAGGAUGUCUGCGAGGCCAUGGGGUAUUUGGAAUCCAAGCAGUUCCUGCACAGAGACCUGGCUGCUCGCAACUGUUUGAUCAGUGAACGAGGUGUUGUCAAAGUCUCUCCAGGUCAGUUUGUGUACAUCUUGGAUGAUGACUACAUUAGCUCCAUGGGAUCCAAAUUUCCAGUCUGGUGGUCCCCUCCAGAGGUUCUUUUGUACAGCAAAUUCAGCAGCAAAUCAGACAUUUGGGCUUUUGGUGAGCUGAAAGUGUGUGCCACUGAUGUAGAACCUGGAAUAGCCAGAGGAUGA